CCCCCGGCCCCCGCCCUCUCCUUCCUCUACACCGCCUACGUAGAAUGCACCGAGACCCUCAUGCUCUCCCCGGGGCCCCACGGCACCCGCAAGGCCAUUCCCAUCGUCGGCGGCAAUUUCACCGGCCCACGACUAUCAGGCAAAAUCCUCGAUGUAGGCGCCGACUGGGGCCUCGUCGACCCCGCCACGGGCAUCUUCUCCGCCGAUACGCGGUACAACCUCCGCACCGACGAUGGGGCGGACAUCUUCAUCCAGACGUCGGGGCCCAAGUCGCCGAGUGGGCAGCUGCAUCUGCGCCUGGUGUUUGAGACGGGCAGUCGGAAGUAUUAUUGGUUGAAUAAUGUCGUCGCGAUUGGGGUGCUUACCCAUGCGGCGGAUAUCAAUUCGACGUCUAUCUUGAGGAUUGAUGCUUGGAAUAUGGCUUCCGAUUGGAAUUCGACGACG